AUGGAGGCCCUUCAGCUGGCCCAGAUGCUGGCCGAUUUGAACGACCUCCAGGCCGCUCAAGACCAAGGUGCCGCCAAAGCCCUUGUCGCCGCCAACAAGAACCUCGAACGUGCUAUCACUGCCAAAGAUGUGCCGACGCCUACUUCCCAGCUCCAGUCCAAGGGCGCCGGCACACCGGUCGUGGACAGUAGAACUGCCACGCCGGCCGGUCGCUUCGACAAGUUAGGCCGCCGCAUAUUCAGCCCGCCCAUGUCGAGAACAAACUCCUUCACGCCCUCUACAUCCUCCAUGCCCGGAACGCCCCGGAAGGAAGAAGUGAGCAAUACUCCCCGACGUGACACAUGCGUACCCGAGACUCACGCUGACAAGGCGUACCAGAUUGAUGGCGAUAUUGACAGAGCAUCUACUCUUCUGUCACUUUACGAGAUUCGCGCCAAGUUGAAGGAGCAGGACAAUAGCAGCCUCCUGAAGGCACGGGAAAAGAUUAAUGCACUUGCAGCGAAGCAAGCUCAGCUGGCAAAACAGCACCAGCAGGUGCAGCAGAACUUCCAGACACAACAGCAACAACCAAAGCUGCCUACAUCACAACCUAAGGAUAUGCGAAACUGA